AUCGAUCCCCACGAGGCCAGAAUCCGCGGCCCCGCGCUCCCCUUCCGCCCUGCCACCGCCCGGUCCAAGUCCCAAACCCCAUCCCCCACGCUAUCACCUUUCCCGCCUGCUGUCACCCUCGUUUCCCGUCGGCUCACACUCCACACUCCUCACUCCUCACUGAGGCCAGGCCAGACCUUGCUUUUCCAGCUCUGCUUUCGGCCUUAAAGACACGCCACACCCGCGCGGCCCUCGAGGAACGGCGACGGACCAUGGCGUCGGAGACCGCACCGUUCUGCGUCACAGGGACGGCGGGCAAGGGCGGCGCGUCCGCGCCACGCCCGCACGGCCGCGUCGUGCUGGCCGCGCGCAUCCACGACACGCUCGUCUUCGCCGCGGGCGCCGUGGCGGCCGUGCUCGUGCUCCUCUGCUUCUCAUCCCUGCUCGCGCCCGCGCCCCUGCCCAACCUCGUCGCCGGCCCCUCCCUCCCCUUCCCCGCCUCCUUCCCGCAGCCGCAGCAGGAGAACGACGACGGCAACGAGGAAAGCCUGUACGCCCGGGUCGCCGCGGCGCCGCGCACGUUCUACGACGACGCGAAGCUGUCCUACGCCGUGGACGGCCGGCGGGUGACCGGCUGGGACGCGAAGCGCGCCGAGUGGCUGCGCCUGCACUACCCGCGCGGCCUCCGCGCGCGCCGCGGGCCUGGGGAGCGCGUCGUCAUGCUCUCGGGGUCCCAGUCCUACCCGUGCGCCGGCGACGGCGGCGACCACAUGCUGCUCCGCUUCCUCAAGAACAAGGUGGACUACUCCCGCCUCCACGGGAUGGAGCUGCUCUACAACACGGCGCUGCUGCAGCCCGACAUGGUGGCCUACUGGGCCAAGAUCCCCGUGGUGCGCGCCGCCAUGCUCGCCCACCCGGAGGCCGAGUGGGUCUGGUGGCUCGACGCCGACGCCGUCAUCACCGACAUGGACUUCUCGCCCCCGCUCGCCACCAGGUAUAAAGAUUACAACCUCGUCGUCCAUGGCUGGGACCGGGAGGUGUACGAGGCCAGGUCCUGGGUCGGCCUCAACGCCGGCGUCUUCCUCAUCCGCAACUGCCAGUGGUCGCUCGACUUCAUGGACGCCUGGGCCAGCAUGGGCCCGGCCUCGCCGCAGUACUCUCAAUGGGGCAAGACCCUCAAGGCCACGCUCAGCGACAAGCCCGACGCCGAGUCCGACGACCAAUCCGCGCUCGCCUACCUCCUCCUCAAGAACCGCAACAAGUGGGGCGCCAGGACGUACCUCGAGAACGAGUACUACUUCCAGGGAUACUGGGCGGAGAUCGUGGACAAGCUCGACGGCGUCGCGGCGCGGUACAGGGCGGCGGAGCGGCGGUUCGGGCCGGCCCUCCGGCGGCGGCACGCGGAGGGGGACCACGCGCUGUACGCGGCCGCCAGGAACGCCGCCCUGAGGAAGAAGUCCGGCGGCGUCCCGGGGCCCGACGGGGGCGGGCAGAAGGCGUCCGCCUGGCGCCGGCCCUUCGUGACGCACUUCACCGGCUGCAACCCCUGCGGCGGCAGGCCCAACGAGAUCUACUCCAACGAGAGCUGCGCCGAGGGGAUGCGCCGCGCGCUCAACCUCGCCGACGACCAGGUGCUCCGCGCCUACGGCUUCCGCCACGCCGGACCGCUCAAGGACGACGUGCGCCCGCUCUAGCCUUGUCAAACUGAGCGCGCAGUUUGUUAGACAGAAAAGUCGAAUCACCAUUUUGUACUGUUUUAUUAGUGAAAUGAAAGGAUGACAGUGUUGCUUGCUCGGCGUCCGUGUCACUGUCACUGGAUGUGGCGGUGCAUCAUUUUAGCUUCA